AUGGGCCACAUAGCAUGCGCAUACGGACCGCCCCGCGACGAAGACACCGCAUGCAGCCAAGAGUAUUGGAGUGUAAAUGUCUUUUUAAGGAAAAUUGCAGUGGCAGCAGCCUCAAGACCCUUGGUUGAGAUCACACAGCAGGGAGAGACUCUCUCUAUCCAGACCUCCACAAGUGUCCACACCACUCAUAUUUCCUUCACUGUAGGUCAGUCCUUCAAUGAGGCCACUGUGGAUGGGCGACCUUGCAUGAGUUUUCCCAAAUGGGAGACAGACCGAAAAAUCACCUGUGAGCAAACACUGCAAAAAGGGGAGGGGCCUCCAACAUGUUGGACACGGGAGCUGACCAGUGAUAGAGAGCUCAUUCUGACCAUGAGGGCAGGAGAUAUUGUUUGUGUCCGUGUGUAUGAGCGGGAGUGA